GUUGAGAAUCAGAAGCUUUCACAUUUCCUAAAUUUUCCUGUAAACCAAACAAGGCCUCAAACCACUGACGCUGAGGUCUUUGGAGGUAGGGUUCAUGUUUCCUGCUCAUUGAGUAUCCCCCCCUUCUCUCCUGGUACUGAAUUUACGGAAGGCGCGUAUUAAAUUUUUGUCAAGUAAAAUAAGGUACGUCCAUUCAUGUCUCCCCCAUAGGUCUGUUCACUCUGGAAAUGUUUAAUUCUGAGGAAUUACUGUAUUUGUCAGUUCCAUGGCAGUGCUUCCCAUCUGGUGGCCUUAAUCCAGUGAUAAUAUAAGAAGAUAAUGAGAACUAUCAUGAGGAUAUGUUUUGUUAAUAAUCAAACUAGUAGGUGGAGAAGGUUUCUGAUAUAGCCUUUUGGGGAGUACACAUUAUUAGUAAAGAGAGAGUGAAAACUGCUAAAUAGCAGUGGAAAUUGGAUCACUACUUUGUGACUUAGGCAGGCAGCACAGAAUGGGAGAGAUGAUGAAUGAUACAUCUUAUACAGAAAUUUGGAUUUCUGUAUAACCUGCAUUAGAUUAGCCAAUAGCAAACUGGAGAAAGAGGGAGAGAGAAAAUAAUGCAUCAUGAAUGAAAAGUAAAAUUCUGAGCUCGAGCCAUUUGUAAACAGAGUGUUUGUAAAUUCUGACUUCAGCAUUUAUAGAAAAAAAGAGUUGGUCAGCAAGAUUUGAGUAGCUAUUGAAUGCAGGAAAAUGAUUGUGAUUAUUCAAAUUUAAACUAGAUAAUUGUUCAUAUUUUGAAUUCCUACUCUCAUUCUUGAAGAACGAACGUACAAUUCGAUAAGUAGCUAAAUUAAGGUUUUCAAAUUUCUAGAAUACAGUACAGAAGGAUAUGAAAGGAAUGGUUUUAUAGUUAUUUUGUAUAAGGUAGAAGAGGGGCAGGGGUGAGAAGGUGGAAUAUAUAUUAAUAAUGUGGACAGAAUUCUUUGUAGGAAUUGGGAGAUAUAUUUAUAAGCAUGACACUCAAUCACUGAACAGACAUUUCAAGCAUUUUUGUGUUUACCAAGUGCCAUCAAUGGCUGUAGGCAUUGGAGAUAGCGUAUGUGCAGGGGGUCUAAAGUUUUGACAUAGUAAAGAUGUUACUCAGGUCUUGACCUAAAUAGGUAGUAGCUGCUGUGUCCAUAACAGUGGUAAUUUUCUCUUGAUAUAUCCUCUGUUUGAUACAUCAGGUCAGGCCUUUUUCUAACAACUCCCUACCCCCAACCUUCCAUUUGCUCAAAAUAAUAGCCCGUUUGCACUGGGCUGGGCACUGGGAAUGGAAAGAGGUGCAAAAGCGUGGACUCUGAUCUCUUGAGUGAUUAAGCUGUGUGAACAUGCAACAGCCACGGAAAGGGGGUUCUCACUGAGCUGUCAGAGGUCGGUGGUCGGAGGGAAAAGAGCAGAGCCUGGCGUUUGGCUGGAGCUGGUAUGUCAGUGGGAGUUGGCCAUGUAGAGAUGCAGGGAGGAACAUUCUAGACUACGGGAAUGUGGCGAGACCCGAAGGAAGUCCAGUUUUACUGGUGAAAAGUGGUGGAAUUUAAGAUUGGAAAAGUAAGUUUGGGCCACAGGGAAUUAAAUGGUAGGUUAAGGAAUUGGAUUGGAGUUUUAUUAAUUCAGUGGUUAGAGAAGCGUUUUGGAGGCUUUGAAGUGGGAUUGAGGGGUUGGUGACGUUCAUUUACGUAACUCUUGAGUCAGUCAUCAUUCAACAAAUACUCAAAUAUUUAUGGAGCGUCUUCUAAGUGCCCGCCAUUGCUUUAGGCAUCCGGGAUGCCACGGAGUGGUAAACAAUAACAACUGCAAUAGCUCGCAUGUAUCGGAUGCUUCCUCUGGGUCAGGUGAGUACUCUCUGGGUGUUACGUUGCUGAAUUGUAACAACAACCCUCUAACGAUCACAAGUCUAAUCUAAUCCCCACUCUGUAGAUGAGGCCACUGCGGUGCAGAGACGGGAGCUCUUUGUCCAAGGUACUUCACUUAGUAAGUGGGCAGGAUUCAGUCUCCGGUGCCCUAACUUCACAGCUGUGCUCUCUCACCGUACACUAAAGUUUUAACAACACAGACAAGUUCAUGUGAACUACAUCGAAAGAUGGAUAUGUAGACACCAGCAGUAUAGCAUCAGAGAAACACUGAAGACAAUGUAGAUGGUCCCUGACUUAGGAUGGUUCAACUUAGAAUUUUUUGGUUUAGGAUGGGUUUAUCAGGAGUCAAAGAGCAUCUCAACUUAAGAUGGUACAACUUACAUUUUUGAGCUUUUAGGAUGGGUUUGUCUGUAUGUAAUCUUGUUAUACGUUGAGGAGCAGCUGUACAGGAUAGUAUGAGAGAGAAUGGGAAGGUCAGUGAAGGUGGAUGAGUAUAAGGUCAGUGAAGGUGAGUGAGUCAUGCAAAUCUAAGGGAAGAGCAUGCCAGGCAGAAGGAACAGGAAGUGCAAAAUCCCUGAGAUUGGAAUGAGGCUGGAGUGUUUGAGAAACAGAAGACCAGUAUGGCAUGUUCAGUUUGCAGGGAAUACAGUGCUUGAUGAACUCAAAGAUGUAGUCAGGACUUAGAUAAUGGGGGUCUUGUGGUCUGUUAUUAGGGUGAUUAUUUGUUUUAGUUUACAUUCAUUACCCUUUUACUUUCAAAAGUGUUCUGGAUUGGAUGUUAAAUUAUACGGUCAUCUUACUAAUACGCAUGGUCCUAGAUAAGCGAAAUGACUAAUAACCUUUUUCGGCCCCAGGUUUGUGGGCCAGACACACAGAUAAACGAGUGCAGUGGGUGAGACAAGAACUGCAUUUUAAGUCCACCAGGUCCUGUGGGAUCACAGAGUGGCAUCCGGCCUACGGAGUCGGGUGCUGUCAAAGAGUUUGUCUUAGAAAAGGACGUGUUGGAGAGGGGAAGACGUGAGGACAGAGAAAACUGCGGAAGCAUGAAAGACUGUGGCCAGUCCUGGGGCCUACAUGGCUGGAAGGUUGGGUUGGAAAGGGGAGGAAUGGAAGAGAGGACCCCAAGGGUACAAUCUGAGCCAUGAAAAACUUUGAAUGAUGUGAGAAGUUAGAGCUAGGCUAAAAGGAAUAAUGUGGAAACAGAGUGCAGGCUAGAAUUCAGUGAGGAGAGAAUUGUCUCUGUAGGAUAUAAUGAGACCUAAACUAGGAGAGGGACGUAGAAACUGAAUACAGAGGAGGAGAGAGUACAGAAGUAAGUUGCCCAGUGGGAGGAGGACUCAUGCCUGUUGGAAGGGGUAGGGAACAUCACUGCCUCAGGCAGUGAGUGGUCCUCAAACUUUAGCAGGCAUCGGAAUCACUAGAGAGUGUGUUAAAACAUAGAUUAAAAAAAAUUCGGUUUGGGCAUAUAGCAUUUUGUAGACCACAGGUAAGUCAAACGAAUGUGUCUAACAGGUAGGUGCAGGUCGGGAUAGAAAUCAGAAAUGGAUGCAGAGAGUGCAGGUCACUGGCAGGAGCAUGCUGUCUGCAGCCCAGGGAGCAGAUUGGUGUAUUGAGGGAGCAUGUGUGGAUGAGGAGGAAAAUGUGGGUAGAAACAACCAUGGAAAAUACCUUCUUUAAGGCACCAGGAGCGGGAGAGACGAAUUAAUGCAUAGGCAUAAGAAGUAAAAUGAUUUAGAGAAUGUUGACCUAUAGAAAACAGGGAGGAAAAUAAUUUAAGGGAAGGACCAUCAAAAAGUAUUUGAGAAAGAACUGAUUAGAAUGCAGGAUGGAGCAAGUGACUGCUCGGGUGUCGCCUGUGUGCUGAACUGACCAGGGGUACUUUGGUCGAGGGAGGGACUGCAGUAGAGUCUGCAUCGGCGUCCCGGUUAAUAUUAUGGCCCAGAAAAACUGGCUCCUCUGGUAAAGAAGUUCAGGCGGUGAACAGUUAUCUUCGCUCUGUGAAAAAUACAAAUAGAAGAGAAAGAGUUUUAUUAGAGAACUGUAACUAUCAAAGAGGAACUUAACCAUUUUUGGUUAUAUUUGUGCUACCACAAUUAGGUACCUCUCCCCCUCCCCUCCCCUCCCCACCACUGCUGUGCGUGAGACACACGUGCAUGUCUGUUUCCAAUCGAACUGUAAUUGUGUGGCUGUGAUAGCAUGUGACACUGUAUAUGCCAGAUACUGUAAUAUGUUUAUAACGUAUAUCGGGCAUUUUUGUGCACUUUGGCCUGAAGUCCAGUGAUUUGUAAAGCUGCAGAUGGAGAAACAGCUUAAUAUUUGAAGUUGGAAAAGAAAUUUUUAUCCUGAGAAUAUCAGGCAAUUUUUAGUUUUUGACACAUUCAUUUGGCUGAUGCAUAUUUAAAGGAAAAACGGAAUAGCAAAACUGUGCUCUCAGCAUUUCAGUUAUCUUAGUUUUUGCAAACGAGGUUCACCAUUUAAUUCCGGUUCAGCCCUUGAGGUCCCGAAGGUAACACUGGCGCAGCUUGAGCUCAGGGCUGGAGUCUCUCUGGAGAGGAAGAACUGACUUUCAGUUGCUUUGUCUGCUAAGACUCCUUAAUAUUUCAGGAUGAGAAAUGUCCUCAUUUCUGCGCCAUUGUGAACCCCCUUCCGGGCUCCCCGGCCUGCCCAGCAUUUCCCGGGGUUGCUCCCCAGAAGCGUCCAAACGUGCUGAUAGGGAGACCUGAUCCAGUCCGCCGAAUGCAAGAACUGGCACACUGAAACUUGAGGGAAAAAAUUAACUCUACAUUAUCUAAUUAGGUUCAUAGAAUUGCUGCGGAGCAGCCUGGUUUCCCAAAUCUAGAAGGUACAAUUAACUGCAGUAUUACAUCAAUACCAACUAGUCUGCUAAUAGGCUUCUAAGCAGAGCAAUUGGAAUUUGUUAUUACCAAGAAAAUUUUAAGCUGGAUGAAUUAAAAUUAAGUCACACACUAUUGGGAGCCAUUCUGUAUGAGAAUAAAAUAGAUGACCUAAUCGUUCUUUUUCAUCUUUAAUUUUUAUUGAGUCCCAGGGUUUAGGAAGACAUUUGGGCCUCAAGAGGCAUGCUGCUCUCUUCAAUAGUCUGCUUACAUGCUUAAUGAUCAUCUGGCUUAAGGGUGAUUUGGCAUUUGUAGUUCUAAACUUUAUGAAAUUAUUUUAUGUGCUUUAGUGCUUAAGUAUUGAGUUACUUACUGUGAAAAUUAUGUAUUCACUGUUCGUGUGUACGUUAUUUAAAAAAAGUUAGUAUUAAAGAAUAUGUCUUAAAUAGACAUUAACUAAGAAACUCCCCCCAAAUUUUGGGGGUGAGGAUCCCUUUUAAGAGAAUGUGGGUAUAUCUGCAUUUCUAUUUAUCAAACUGUUUGUAAUUUUCCUUUGACUUCUGAUUUUCCUUUUAAUAAAUACACCAAAGGAAAAAAGCCCGAUGAGACACUCUCUUCAACGUGAGCAAGGUUUGCAAGUGGCCCUUCACAACUAUGCAAAUGCCUAACUCCUCCUCCAGCUGGAACCCUGGAUUCAAAACCAACCCGUUGAAACAGUAAGGAAGACAGAGAUGUCAAUAACCCCAUGCCUAACCGAGGAGGCAAUGGACUAGCUCCCGGGGAGGACAGAUUCAAACCUGUGGUACCAUGGCCUCAUGUUGAAGGAGUAGAAGUGGACUUAGAGUCUAUCAGAAGAAAAAACAAGGCCAAAAAUGAACAGGAGCACCCUGCUGGAGGAGAUUCCCAGAGAGACAUAAUGCAGAGGCAGUAUCUCACUUUUAAGCCUCAGACGUUUACCUACCGUGAUCCUGUGCUACGCCCAGGAGUCCUUGGUAACUUUGAACCCAAAGAGCCUGAGCCUCACGGAGUGGUCGGUGGCCCUGGAGAGAAUGCCAAGCCAUUGGUCUUGGGACCAGAAUUCAAACCUGAAGUCCAAGCCAGCAUUAAAGAGUUUGGAUUUAACAUGGUGGCGAGCGACAUGAUCUCACUGGACCGCAGCGUGGGUGACCUGCGUCAAGAAGAAUGCAAGUAUUGGCAUUAUGAUGAAAACCUGCUCACUUCGAGUGUUGUCAUUGUGUUCCAUAAUGAAGGCUGGUCAACCCUCAUGAGAACAGUCCACAGUGUGAUUAAAAGGACUCCAAGGAAAUAUUUAGCAGAAAUUGUGUUAAUCGAUGACUUCAGUAAUAAAGAACACUUAAAAGAGAAACUGGAUGAAUAUAUUAAGCUGUGGAAUGGCCUCGUAAAGGUAUUUCGAAAUGAGAGAAGAGAAGGUUUGAUUCAAGCACGAAGCAUUGGUGCUCAGAAGGCUAAACUUGGACAGGUUUUGAUAUACCUUGAUGCCCACUGUGAGGUGGCAGUUAACUGGUAUGCACCACUUGUAGCUCCCAUUUCUAAGGACAGAACUACAUGUACUGUGCCCCUAAUAGAUUACAUAGAUGGGAAUGAUUAUUCCAUUGAACCACAGCAAGGUGGGGAUGAAGAUGGUUUUGCCAGAGGGGCCUGGGACUGGAGUUUACUGUGGAAACGUAUUCCUCUAAGCCACAAGGAAAAGGCCAAAAGAAAACAUAAAACUGAACCUUAUCGGUCCCCAGCCAUGGCUGGGGGAUUAUUUGCCAUUGAACGAGAAUUCUUCUUUGAACUGGGUCUCUAUGAUCCAGGUCUCCAGAUUUGGGGUGGUGAAAACUUUGAGAUCUCAUACAAGAUAUGGCAGUGUGGAGGCAAGUUAUUGUUUGUCCCUUGUUCUCGUGUGGGACACAUCUACCGUCUUGACGGCUGGCAAGGGAAUCCCCCACCUGUUUCUGUUGGCUCUUCUCCAACUCUAAAGAAUUAUGUUAGGGUUGUCGAGGUCUGGUGGGAUGAAUACAAAGACUACUUCUACGCCAGUCGUCCUGAAUCAAAGGCACUGCCAUACGGGGAUAUAUCGGAGCUGAAAAAAUUUCGAGAAGAUCACAACUGCAAAAGUUUCAAGUGGUUCAUGGAAGAAAUAGCUUAUGAUAUCCCCUUACACUACCCUCUGCCACCCAAAAAUGUUGACUGGGGAGAAAUCAGAGGCUUUGAAACUGCUUACUGCAUUGAUAGUAUGGGGAAAACAAAUGGAGGCUUUGUUGAACUAGGACCCUGCCACAGGAUGGGAGGGAAUCAGCUUUUCAGAAUCAAUGAAGCAAAUCAACUCAUGCAGUAUGACCAGUGUUUGACAAAGGAGACUGAUGGAUCAAAAGUUAUGAUCACGCACUGUAAUCUAAAUGGAUUUAAGGAAUGGCAGUACUUCAAGAACCUGCACAGAUUUACUCACAUUCCUUCAGGAAAGUGCUUAGAUCGCUCAGAGGUCCUACAUCAAGUAUUCAUCUCCAAUUGUGACUCCAAUAAAAAGACUCAAAAGUGGGAAAUGAAUAAUAUUCAUAGUGUCUAGAAAGAAUAAAAGAAACCAAUAACCUACCUGCUGACAAGUAAAUUUAUACAGGACUGAAAACCGCCUGAAAUCUGCUGCAACUAUUAUUAUUAACUCUGUACAGCUCCAAACCCGGAACCUCCUGAUCAGUUUGAAGGACAUUGAUAAACUGUGAUUUUACAAUGACAUUAUCAUCUGCAGUUACUGUUUACAAAACUGCUUUUACCUUAAACUUUGUAGAUGUUUACAUCUUUUUUGUUUUGUUUUGUUUUUAGAUGAUGUCGGUAAUUUGUGCCUUUAGCUCUGUUUUAUUAGAAUAGAGUUAAAAGCAUGUUGUCUUCUUUGGGAUCACACUCAGGGUCUGAAAGGCAGUUUGAUUUUUUUUUUUUUUUUUUUUUAAACACACUUGAAAAAAGGUUGGAGUAACCAGACUUUCAUAUAUGACUUGGUAAUUAUCAACCUGUCGUGUCUUUAUUUAAUUUUACAUCUUUUUAAAGCACUGCCACAGGUUAUUAGCCAAGGUGGCCUUCCUUCACAGUCAUGCUGCUUUUUUGAAAGGUGAAUUUCAACACAUUUAGUGCCUCUUUCAUUUCUCAGUAUAUAUUUCAAGAGCUUUUGAUGAAAUUUGUAGGAUGGUAAUGAUGGAAUUGUCACCUGUAUGGGGAAUACUUUUACUACUCAGAAAUGAAUUUAUGUGCUGCCCUUUGCUAUGAGGUUGAAUGUUGUUUAGCUUAAGAAAAAAUAUGGAACAUCCCAAGGCUAUUCCAUAGGAUUUUAAGUUGUGUGGCAUUAUCUUCCUUACCUGCUGGCAUUCCCAAUGCCCUCUGUCUGUGCCAACAUCUAGGAUUGCAAAGGAAUCUUCUAACUAGAGAGAGAAACUGUCCACUAACAUUUGGGAUUUACUUUUCUUCAGUACCUGUCACUAUAGAAAACUAUAAAUAAUUCUCAAUUUUGCAACUUGAAAGGGGAGUAACAAAAAACAACAAAACACCAUUAUAAACAUGUUAAAAGUUUAUUCUGACUGAAGAAUUUUCAAGCCCUUAUUAGAUUAAGCCUUAUAAAACUCCUGUGCAUUAUAACCUAAGCUGUGCAACCUAUGAAUCCAAGAGUGAAUUGAUGUUUCAUUUUUAUCUUCAUCCAAAUGAAAUUCCCUGCAUGUUUUUAAAAUUAAAAAAAAAAAAGACUAUUUAAGGAUACAGUUCAUUGAAAAAUGUUGAAAUACUUAAUGUUAGAUUGGGUGUUAGUUCCCUAGUGUUUCUUAAUUUCUUUUUAGGAAUCAUAUUUUUUAUUAGUACUUUUCCAGUGAAAAGAUUUAUUUGGAUUUAAAUAAACAUUUAUUAAGAUAGUACCUACUAUAGGAGAACCAAAUAUUACAAAUGGCCAAUUAGAUUUUAAUUUCUAAAUAAGUAAUUUUUUAUCACCCAAAAGAUUAAAAUGCCUGAAUUUAGUGCUAAAUAAAACAAUGUGAUAUGGUAGGGAAUGGCAAGUAAAUUAAGCAUUAUUGAUCUUGUAAUCAUGAUGUCAUUACAAUGAAAGGAAUUCACAAACUACUGCCAGAGGGAAAUAUAUAUUUUUUUUAAUUUAAGAGGGAAAUAUUUUUACUUAAAGCUUAAAAAAGAAAAGAAAAAACUUACAUUUGUUUAAAAGAAAAGCCUACAAUUUGUUUCUUCCAAGCUUAGCUCUUAAAUUUGGAGAGUCAAAGUUAAACAUCCUCAACAGAGUUUUAUUUAUAAUUUUGAAUUGUCAAUUUGUAUUUUGCUACUGAUCUGUGAUCAACCAUUUUAACUUUCAUCUGUAAGGAUGUUUAAAAGGAAUACAUUUAUAUGCUUAUGUAAUUGUAAAAUAAAUCAACCAUAAAAAAGAAACUGAGAGAAUUGAUACUUGUGUGUUUGCAAGUAGGCUCCAUUUUCCAAGUUGAGUAGAUUAUAACCUUGUUAACUAUGCAUAGGCCUAAGAAAGGUGGCAAUGAACUGUGCAUGUAAAUUGUAAAUGGGUAUUUUGUGCAAUUCAUUAAGAUACUCUAUGAAUAUGAUUCUAUAUAUUGAAAUCAGAAACCUUACCAAACAAAAACAUCAGAAGCUGCUGCCAUAAUGACUAUUUUCUACGGUAGGCUGCUUUGGAAAUAAUUCCCAUAUCCUUGCUUUGUAAGUUGAUAAUAUCACUAUGCAUUUCUACACAUUUUAUAAAUUUGAUUUAUGCAGAUUUUGAUACACUGUAUGUUUCUGUAGAAAUUGUAUAAAUAUUCAAAAUUUUAUUAGGGUAAAUUUGAGAAGCUUAUGUAUAUCUUAAUUCUGGGUUGCUUGUUUUUUAGGUGAGAAAAAAUAAAAUAUUGUAUUUUAAU